AUGGAUUGUUGUGUGUGCACAACUAUGCCAUUAAUAUUAAGGCCUCCAAGGAAUACAAUAUGUGGAACAUGUUAUGAAGGAGUUAGGAGCAUAAUCAACAUGAUGAACGGUCUUGAAAGUGAUAAAACAAAAGCAAUCACUAAUCCAACCGAUUCUCCGGUUUCGCGGCGAAAUUCGAGUAAGACACUUGAUGAUUGCAUAAGAUUAUGUUCAGAGCAAAUAGAACAGUUUAAUCAACAAAAACAAGAUUUGGGUUUUCUCAGAGGCUUCCUUGCUGCAUUCAAAGAACAGAUUCAUACAGAUAUAUUGAUUAGUCCAGGCAAUCAUGGUCCACCUAUUCCGGCACAUAAAUCCGUUUUGGCUGCAAGAUCAGAAAUUUUCGAGAACAUGCUAGAGUGUGACGAAUGUAAAGCUGCACCAACUUGUAACACAAUAACUAUACCUGAUUUGAACUAUGAAGAGCUAGAAUCACUGUUAGAGUUUCUCUACAGUGGAACAUUGGCAUUGGAAAAAUUGGAGAAACAUGUGUAUGCUUUGUCACAAGCAGCUGAUAAGUAUAUUAUUCCACACUUGUUGAAAUACUGUGAAAGAUUCUUGCUUAACUCAAUAAGCAGUUCUAAUGCAUUUGAGACACUAGAGAUUGCUGAUACUUGUUCAAACCAAAAUUUGAAGGAGACAGCUUUUAAUUUCUUAGUUAAGAAUAUUGAGUUUAUGGUUUCUUCUCCUAAGUUUGAAGCUUUUGUGCAUAGGUGUCCACAUUUAACUGUGCAGCUAGUUACAAGGGCGUUUGUGAAUGGUUCCAAAUAA